AUGGGAAAUUUACACAAGUAUGUUGCAGUACUUGCUUUUAUAUUUGCAUUGGUGAUAGGAACAUUUGAAUGCCGAACACUAAAAAAAGAAGAAUCUAUUGACACUUUCAGUGGAGGUGGUUUAGGUGGAGGUUUUGGGGGUGGUAGUGGUGGAGGUCUUGGAGGAGGAUUUGGACACGGUGGAGGUGUUGGAGUUGGUCGUGGUUUUGGAGGCGGUGCUGGAGGUGGUAGUGGUGGUGGAGGAGGAAUUGGAGGUGGUCAUGGUGGUGGUGCAGGUGGAGGCUUUGGAGGUGGUCAUGGUGGUGGUGUAGGAGGAGGAAUAGGUGGUGGACAUGGUGGUGGGUUGGGUGGAGGUGGUGGUGCAGGUGGAGGCUUCGGAGGUGGUAGUGGUGGUGGUGCAGGAGGAGGAUUUGGUGGUGGACAUGGUGGUGGUGCAGGUGGAGGUGGUGGUGCUGGUGGAGGAAUUGGUGGUGGACAUGGUGGUGGAUUAGGUGGAGGUGGUGGUGCAGGAGGAGGAAUUGGUGGUGGUAGUGGUGGUGGAUUAGGUGGAGGUAGUGGUAGUGGUGGUGGUGUAGGAGGAGGAAUUGGUGGUGGUAGUGGUGGUGGUGCAGGAGGAGGAAUCGGUGGUGGACAUGGUGGUGGAUUAGGUGGAGGUAGUGGUGGUGGUAGUGGUGCAGGAGGAGGAAUUGGUGGUGGUAGUGGUGGUAGUGCAGAAGGAGGAAUUGGUGGUGGACAUGGUGGUGGAUUAGGUGGAGGUAGUGGUAGUGGUGGUGGUGCAGGAGGAGGAUUUGGUGGUGGACAUGGUGGUGGAUUAGGUGGAGGUAGUGGUGCAGGUGGAGGCUUCGGAGGUGGUAGUGGUGGUGGUGUAGGAGGAGGAAUUGGUGGUGGACAUGGUGGUGGUGCAGGUGGAGGCUUUGGAGGUGGUAAUGGUGGUGGUGUAGGAGGAGGAAAUGGCGGUGGCGGUGGUAUAGGUGGAGGAGGAGGUAGCGGAGGAGGCAUUGGAGGUGGUUCUGGAGCAGGUGGAGGGGUUGGAGGUGGUUCUGGAGCAGGUGGAGGGGUUGGAGGUGGCUUUGGAGGUGGACAUGGUGGUGGUGCAGGGGGAGGCAUUGGUGGAGGUGGUGGAUCUGGCGGAGGUGCAGGCGGAGGAUUUGGAGGUGGAUCUGGUGGAGGUGCAGGCGGAGGUUUUGGAGCAGGUGUGGGAGGCGGCUUUGGAGGUGGUCAUGGCGGAGGCGCGGGUGGUGGUUUUGGAGGUGGUGCAGGUGGAGAGGCCGGUGGUGACUGA